AUGGAUGCAGUGAGAGUGCCCAUGGAAGAGCUUAUAAAAAGAGUUGUUCGAAUGUUCUACGAGCCCUGCCAUGCUGUUAUCAUGGACAUUAUGCUGGCGCAUUUGGUCUUGGACGAGGAGGAUUUGGCCGACAAAAUGAAGCUUCUUCCGAGGGAGUUCAACCGGAUGGCUGUCCGGCUGCGGGACGACAAGCUCCUUUCCUCUGAGACGAUCAGCGACAUGAAGGAAGACGGCAGGCAGGAAACAAAAACCAAGUUCUUUUUGGACUUUCGGGGGAUCCGGGAUGUGAUCAAGUACAAGAUGUACAUCAUGACGCAGAGGCUUGAGAAGAAGAUGCGGAACAAGGAGAGCACUCUGGGCCUCGGGUGUCUGGCGUGCGGCGUGUCGUACUCGAUGCUUGACGCGCAGUCGUUUCUCUGUAUGGAGGACUUUACGUUCAAGUGCCCUGAGUGCCAGGGCGAGCUGGCGGAGAAGAAAGAAAGCUCCUUUGAGGAAAAGGACGCCAUUUCCAACACCUUUUCGCUGAUGAUGGAGGAGAUUUCUCCUGUCAUACGGCAGCUGAAGGAGAUAGACACUCUGGGCAUUCCCGAGAUGAUGCGGGGCAAAAUAAUCCUGCCGCAGAGAAGCGCUGCGCCUGCCAAGCCGUACACGGAGGCUCUUGUGACGGAAAUCCAGCAGGAGGUGGAGGAGAAGGAGCAGGAGGCUCCCAUGGAAAUAGAAAUAACAGAAGAGCAGGGCAAAAAAGAGGAGGAUCUGCAGGCAAGCGAAGACAUGAUGCUGGAGGUGGAGGGCGUGAAGAAGCUGUUCAGAGACAUAACCGAGCAGGACAAGGAGCGGAUGAGCGAGGCCGAGUACGAAAGAUACUUUGAGCUAUUUGAGAGCCAGCAAGGCGAUGCCUAG